AUGGCAGUAGAUCUAUCUAACUGUGACCUUGCGCAGUUGAAACGUGUUGGAGUGGGCGGACAGCUGGUGCCGUUCUUCAAGACGGUGUGCGUGUACUUCGUGGUGGGGGCCGGCGCGCCGUCUGCCACCACCGCCGCCGUCAAGUGCGCGCCCGUGCUGUGCCUGCUGAUCUGUGUACUGCUUAAAGCCGCCAUGGCUCCGGGAGAGCGGAGCCGGUACUCGCGCUGCGUAUGCUUGGGACUGGCGUUAUCUGCGCUGGGCGACGCGGCGCUGGUGUGGCCGCGGCUGCUGGUGGCCGGCAUGGCCCUAUUCGGCGCGGCGCACGUGGCUUAUGUGGCCGCGUUCGGGCUACAGCCAUUCCAGCCAGCUCUGGCCGCGGCGUGCGCGCUGGCCACAACACUGUACGUGACCACGCUCCAUGCUGGACCACUGACGCUCGCAGUGCACGUGUACUCAGCACUGUUGGCUACCAUGGCAUGGCGCGGAGCUUGCCGUCGCGGUCCCCAGCGGGCUGGUGCACUCCUCUUCGCGUUCUCCGACGCCGUGCUCGGGUACAGCCUGUUCGGUGGGCCCGUACCUUACAAGCAGGUGAUCGUGAUGUCGACGUACUAUCUGGGACAACUGCUGAUAGCUCUCAGUGCGCUGCAGCAUCCGGAACAAUCGCAAGUCGCAGCAGUAGAGCAUGAAACCCUGGAUUCAACUCCUCCGCUACCUCAUACCACAUUCCGUAACCGCGAGGUUAUGACUCGCUAG